AUGUGGGAGACUAUAAAAGAUGAGGACAUGUUGAAAAAGACACUUACUACUUUACAUGCCUCAAAUGUGAUAUUGCAGCAACAAUAUCAUGAAAAGAGUUUUCAAAAAUAUUCUGAACUUAUCUCAUGUCUUUUGGUGGCUGAGCAACAUAAUGCUCUUUUGAUGAAAAAUCAUGAAGCUCGUCCCACUGGAGCUGCUCCAUUAGCGGAGGCAAAUGUGAUGGGAGCAUGUGAUCAAUCUGAAGUAAAAAGAGAUGAUCAUCGGGGCUAUAAUAAUGCACGGGAACGUGGCAAAGAUAAAAUACGAUACACUAAUCGUCAAGGUGGUGGUCAUAAUAAAAGGGAGAACAACAUGAGUUCUCAAAAUAACCCCUCAAAAAGUAAUUGUCGUCGUUGUGGCAUGAAAGGCCAUUGGAAGAAUGAAUGUCGCACACAUGAGCAUUUUGUAAGGCUCUAUCAAAAUUCCUUUAAAAAGAAAGAAAAUAAAAUCGGUGUUUCCUCUUCCAAUGCUCGAGCUGAGUCACAUAUGACUCUUAAAGAUGAUGAUAAGUCGGGAACAUCUCAGAAAUAUGAUAAGGAUGUUGAAGCAAAUUUGGCUUUAAAGGAUGAUGUUUUUUAUGGCCUUGGUAACAUUACUCAUAUGGAAGUUGAUGACUUCCUUGGAGAUCGAAACUGA